GAGAUAUUGACAUGAUUUUAAAAUGUCAUCUUAAAGAUUCAGUUGUUUUAUCCUUAGAAGACAUUCCUGAUAUAGAAUAUUUCGAUCAGCCAUCUCAUAUUUCUUCUUUUAAUGUUGAUUUCUUACAAGUUCAUACUUCUUGGCUUAUUGGUGGAACUACUACUAAAAUCCUUCCAACUGAUUUCCAUUCUAAAAUUUAUCAUUCUCGAUAUACACUUCUUAAUCAUAUUACUUUACAAAAAGAUAUCCAAAAAUACAACCUUUAUUCUCCAAAAGUUAUAAGAUGGAUACUCUCAGAUUACAUGGUAGAUGACCAGCAGACUGUUCAACUCUGUCAACAUCUUAAUAAAACCAAUGGUGAUUUUACAAUUGUUGAUAAAUUUCAAUGGGAGUUAGAAAAAAAGAAUAUAAAACAGCAAAUUAUGUGGAAAUAUUCUUUUGUAGCAAGAUUUUUUUGUGACCCUCAAAAUUCACCAGAAAAUUUUGAACAAACAUUGGAUAGACUU